GUAUAUGGGUUAAAGAAGAAGACCAGAAAUGAAAACAUGAGCAAGAGUGAAAGCAUGAGAAUGAGAGAAGAAAAUAUUUUCUUAUGUUUCUGUUUCAGGGCGUGAAAAUGUCUUCCACCAAAGUGGGCUUUCGUCUGGCUGCCUGUUUACUAAACAUUUCAGAAGCCAGAAAAAAAGAUACUGUUGAGAAAAUAGCUAAAGUUGCUCUUUAUGAUGAUAAUGAUAAGAUACAUCCACAGUACUCAAUAUAUUUUUUUGAUUAUGAUUACCACAGAUCAGUCAUAAUCAUAGCAGCUACCAUUGAUAUGUUAGGUAAGAGGAUCUUCAUUGCUGCCUGCACUGAGGCUUUACAGCCAACUGAUAUGGCUAUCCAGGAAGGAAUCCAUCCUUGCCUUGGAGCAGUGGACCUAGUUCCUAUCUAUCCUCUUUUGAAUGUAGGCUUUGAGCCACUUUUCCACAUUCCUCCAAGUAAGUGGAAGCUGUUGGGAUUGAUGAAGAGCAAGGAUGAUAUUAUUCCUUAA